AUGGCUCCGGAAUAUUUAAUGGAUGGAAAAUACUCAGAGAAAUCUGACAUCUUUAGUCUUGGAGUCGUGUUGCUAGAGAUAAUCAGCGGCAAAAAGAGCAGGGGAUAUGGACCCUCAGAUCACUAUCUAAACCUCUUGAGCCAUGCAUGGUUGCUAUGGAAAGAAAACAAGAUCCUAGAGUUGAUGGAUGAAUCUUUAGAUGAUACAUUUGUGGAGUGUGAAGUGCUGAGAUGCAUGCAAGUGGGAUUAUUGUGCGUUCAGACAUUUGCACAUGAUAGGCCAAUCAUGUCAUCAGUGAUUCCUAUGUUAGAAAGUGAUGGAACAAAUCUUCUUCAGCCAAAAGAGCCUGGGUUUUUUGUUGAGAGAAAUUCAAGCCCUGCGGCUAUGGAAGUGGGAAGUAUUACUUCACCAUCAGAGAAUGAAACAAUCACCAUUACUGACUUUGAGCAUAAGAGUUAUAUGUUGUGA